AUGGGUUACACCAAAGAGCAAUUGCUGACUUUCUUACAGGAGCUUCAAAUAGAUUUUGCCCAGUAUGAGCAUCCUGUUGUUUUGACAGUUGAAGCUCAGGCAAAGUAUGUCGGGCACAUGAAAGGUGCAUUGAGUAAAAAUUUAUUCUUAAAGGAUAAGAAACACAGAUUUUAUAUUGUUUCUGCUCUGGCGGAUACAAAGGUGGAUUUGAAAGUUUUGUCUCAGAGGCUGGGUCUGGGGAAAGGAGGUUUAAGAAUGGCUCCAGAAGAAGCACUUGGCGAAAUGCUUCAGGUUCCUCUGGGUUGCGUUACUCCAUUGGCACUUGUAAAUGAUUCAGCACGGCAUGUUUGUUUGUUGUUAGAUCAAGGAUUCAAAUCUCAAGAAUGUUGUUUCUUCCAUCCAUUGUCUAAUGACAUGUCUAUUGCUAUUAAUUCCCGUGAUCUCGACAAGUUUCUGAAUUCAAUAGGAAAAACCCCGGCGUACAUUGACCUGGAGGCAAACCCUCCAGUAGGGAAGGAUCAACCUCCUGAUUUGGCUGGUCUUGUUCCAUCAGACGCUGUAGUCUUGCCUGACCCUCCAGAAAAAACAGCAUCUUCUCAAGGUCCUGAAAAGAAUCAUAUCUCACCGAAUAACAAACCUACAGCCACUGCAGCAAAAGUGGUAAAACCAUCCAAUGCUUCACAAAGGGAGAAAUCAGACAGUGCUGUGAACUUGUCAAGCUCCUUUGGUGACUCUGAAAAACUUGUUGAAGAAAUCUUGGAGAAGACAACAUCCAUAAUUCUUUCUGAGGUCAAAGAGGAGAACAUGGAGAAAUAUCGGGAACAAUUGGGUACCAUGGUAUCAAACAGUAUUAGAAAACAGCUUUCCGUGGAGUUGAAGAGCACACUCUCAAUGUUCAAGAACACAUCAUAUACAGAAGGCUUCUACGCUGGGACUCAACAUCAGCCCAAAAGAAUGUGA